AAGGAAAGAGAAGGCUGACUAUGAAUCUGGAAGGUGGUGCAGGGGGGUACACCGAAGACUUCCUUAAAAGGAGCCGUUAGUUGGCAUGUGUAUUAGGAAAGCAAUCUUAUUUUGAUCAAAUUAUCGUACUUCUAAAUAUUAUAGCAAUAGAAAAUGGGGAAAUGGUAAUGAAAUUAAAUUGAAGAUCGUUCAAUAAAUGUGUAGCUAUAAAUAGCUUUGUGGCAAUUAAAUUCUCGUCUUUGUUUGAGUGAUCUCCCUUGUUGGGUCGAUUGUCAGACCAGAAGAAGCUGUGUGUCGAAGUAGUCAGAUCGAAAUGCCGAAAGAGAAUCCUCCGAGUAAGCCAGCGGCAUCUCAGCCACCAGCUCCUCCUUCCCGUUCUGCAUCUCAAAACGAAAAUGAAACACCAAAAGAACAACCGAAGAGUGCUUUUGAAGAUACGAUGGUAUUGUCAUUGGUGCAACGAUUCUUUAAGUCGGCCGUUGUUACUUUCGGAGUAUGGCUAGUCGGUUAUUUCAACUUCAGUUUCAGCUGGUUAUUGCUGGCACUUGCUGUGUACGGUUGGAGAGAAAGAUUCACCCAGGUCAGAGAUAUGCAAAUCGAAAUUUCGCAGACUGCGGCCCGUGACGAGAAGAAAUCUAUACUAGCCCGUGUGGAAGAUCUACCAUCAUGGGUGUACUUCCCCGAUGUUGAGAGAGCUGAGUGGAUUAACCAUAUACUCAGUCAAGUUUGGCCAUAUGUUGGUGUUUACGUCCAGAACUUACUCACCACAACUGUUGAACCAAAGAUCAAGGAGAAUUUACCUGCAGCUUUACAGUCAUUUAAAUUUGAGAAGAUUGAUUUGGGUGAUAUUCCUCCAAGAGUUGGUGGAGUGAAAGUCUAUUCUGAAAGGGUCAAGCGAGACGAGAUCUACAUGGAUAUUGAGAUUCUAUAUAGCAGUGACGCAGAUGUUGCUGUCAGUAUCAAAGGUAUCACUGCUGGAAUUAAAGACCUCCAGAUUCGAGGGACCUUACGAGUUGUCUUCAAGCCCCUCAUGAAUGUCAUGCCUCUGUUUGGUGGAUUAAAUGUCUACUUUCUGAACAACCCGUCUAUUGACUUCAACCUGACAAGUUUGGCUAAUGCUUUCGAUGUCCCUGGUUUCAGUGAAAUGUUGCGUAGUAUCGUACAAGACCAAAUAUUUUCAAUAAUGGUUCUUCCCAACCGUAUUUCUGUGCCUCUUGCAGAAAAUGUUGAUGCCAACAGGUUGAGGUAUCCAUUACCAAAGGGUGUUUUGAGAAUCCAUAUGCUUGGAGCUGCAGAUCUGAAGAGAGCUGACUUUGGUGUGUUGAAGAAAGGGUCUUCAGAUCCUUACUCUGUUCUAAGGAUUGGAUCUCAAAAAUUCAAAACCAAGACCAAGAACAACACUCUUACUCCAGUUUGGGACGAAUCAUUUGAGGCUGUCAUUGAUGAAAAAAGUGGGCAAUACAUGGACAUUAAUGUAUUUGAUGAAGAUCCUGGUAACAAAGAUGAUGAACUUGGAAAUGUCAGUCUGGAUAUAGAACCAGUUUCCAAGAAAGGUGUAAUGGAUGCUUGGCUCCCUCUCCGAGAUAUUGAGAGUGGAAUGGUCCAUGUGAAAUUAGUAUGGUUGAACCUUUGCAAUAAUCCUACAGAGAUUGACAGGGCUUUGAAACAGAUGAAGAGUGAAUCAAACAACUCAGAAAAUUUAUCAAGCUGUAUCUUGAUGGCAUGUGUUGAUUCUGCCAAAGAUUUACCUAAAGCGAAGAAAUCAUUAAUGGAACCAAGCCCAUAUGUUGAAUUGGUGUUGGGCCAACAGAAAGAAAAGACUAACAUACAGACCUCCACAAUUAAUCCCAAAUGGGCAGAGAAUUUCAGAUUUCUUGUUCAUGAUCCUUACUUUCAAGAUCUCACUGCCUUGGUUUAUGAUAAAAAUACUAGCAAACUGAUCGGAGAGUGCAAAAUACUUUUGAAAAAUCUCCUUUCUGCAACAGACAUGACGAUAGACCAAAUGUUUGAUAUGAAAGGAGGCGACUCAACAUCAACAUCGAAACUUCGAUUGCAACUAGUUUUGCGAAUUCUCUCCAAUGAAUAUAAGGAUGAGUGGCAGGAAACUGAAGAUUUAUUGCUCUCAGAAGAUAAACUCCCUUCCAAAACCGAUAAAUCAGUGGAAAACCUUGAGGAUUUGUCGUCCCAUAUGGAUAGUUCUGUUGAUCCAGUUAGUGUCUAUGAAUCAGCUUCUGCUCCACUUGAGGCCAGCCACCUCUCAAGUGACUUGGAUGAUUUGGCAACCCAAAGCCCUUCCAUGGAAGGACUGAGGCAAAGAAAAUCACUCUCCCCAAGCAUUGAAAGUGCUGGACAACAUGGACGUGGUCGAAUUCAACUGACCCUCCGAUAUAGCUGCCUCAGACAAAAACUGGUGGUUGUUGUCCACAAAUGUGUUAACUUGCUGCCCUGUGAUGAUGAUAACCUUGCAGACCCUUAUGUCAGGAUGUAUCUGCUCCCAGACAAAAGUAGCACCAGCAAGAGAAAAACUGAAGUGGUUAAAAACAGUCUGAAUCCCAUCUAUGAUUUAACCUUUGAAUUUGCUGUAGCCCCUGGUGAACUGGCCACCCGCACACUGGAUAUAGCAGUCAAGCAUAACAAAUCCAUGUUCUCUAGUGAUCGCCAGAUCAUUGGUGUGGCCUUCAUACAGCUCCACAAUAUUGAAGAUUCAAAAGCUGUGACUGACUUUUUUGAUCUUCAACCAGAAGACUGUGUUGAGAAAAUCUCAAUUGAUUCAGAAAAUUAAUAUAUUUUCAAUUUUUUUUAUUUAUAUAUUUUUUUCUGUGAGUUCAGUUUUAUUCAAAAUUUAUUGACAGUUGCAAAUAUGCUUUUUUUUUUUUCAUUUCUCAAUUAUUUUUGCUGCUAACACUAACAUAUCAAUAUGUUCCUGCAAACACUAUUUUCUUAUUUCUUUGGCUCCAUCAACAUAAGCAAAGGAAGUAUUUCUUAUCUUUGCUACUUGAAAUUCGUUCAACUGCUUCAAUUUCUAGCAGGUAAAGGGAACAAAAUACUUAUAACACUUUUGCAUUUGAACAUUUCUCAAAGUUUAACAACUGAUUCUGUAUAUAGCUUGUUUCCAUAUGUCUUGCUAUCUACCAAGUUGGCAUUUAGUAUCAAAUUCUUAUAAAUACAAUAUUACAGCUCUAUUCAUUGAUUAUUCCAUCUCGUUAAUAUGAUCAGCUGGACUCAUUUCACUUUAAAUGAGCCUCAUGUGAUGACUUAUAAUUAAAUUAAAUUGUAAAACAAACGAAAAACAUUAAUUUUUAUGAUUUUACUCAGGUCUUUUUGACCAACAAUUAUUUUACUCCAUCCUUCUAAUAUUUUAUUGGAAAACACAUUCAGCAUUGACCGACUGUAAAAUCUGCGUUGACUUCAAACUCUGAAUUAUUUUUGGUCACUUAAAUAUUAUUACUCAUGAUAAAUGUGUAAAAUUUGUAUUUUUUUAACUUCUUCAAAAUAAUUCUGUCCAUGUAAACUUUUUGUGAAAAAUGCAAAUUGUAAACUCAUUUUGUUAUUAAUUACUCUUCCAUGACAACUACAAUUUUGAUUUCUGUUAUCAAACCCAUUUAAUAUUCUGCUGGUCAUAGACUACUGAGCUGCCAGUGUGCUUACAGUCAAUACUGGUAUCAAUUUAAAGCUAAUACAUAUAGUUUAUAUUGAUCAAUUACUUGUAUGUUGUAUCUUCAACAACAACAACAACAACAAUAAUAAUAAUGAUGCUGCUGGUGGUGUUUGUCUCCUCCUGCAGUAGUUCAGCCUAUGGAAACCUUUCAUCUCAGUCCUAUAGAACUAAGAAAAUUCUUCUAAGUUAUUUAGUGAUUUAAAUUUAUGCUGCAGUCAGUUGCAUCUUUUAUGACACCUGUUUGUCACUUGAAGGACAUUGCCAGCAAGAUUUAAGUGACUUUGAGGAGGAAAAAUUGCAGUGUGGGGGAAAGGUCACCAUCAACAUUUUUCUUUUUGUUCUGCCAGUAGGCAGACACCUUAAUAUCUCAGCUAAAUAGAGCUUUUAUGGUGUUUCAAAAACAAGCUCUUAUUCUGUUUUAUUUUAUAAAUUCUUAUUUUUGUGUUGCUAGACUGUUUUUUGCUUAAUUACUACUGCACUCUAAUUUUUCAUAAUUGCUUCUUUAUUAUGGAAAUAUUUAUCCGAUGGAGGAAUGUCAGAAAAUAUUAGGUUGUUUAUAUUUUAUCAAUAUAUUAGCAUAAACACACAAAGCAUUUAAUCAUUGAUGCUAUUUACUGUGUUUUAUUUUUCUAUACAUAUAUUUUGUUUCUUUCAUUAGUUAGUCUAUAUACACAUAUACAUACAUACAUACAUAUAUAUACCUAUAUAACACAAUGUAAUUAUUAUUAGUUGUUUCACUAUGAGCACUCUAAUUUUGCUUGUGCCUUACUUCAGUAAGAGAAAUAUAAUCCACAGCUGACAUGUGAUUUGAAUAAAAACACAAAAUACAUUGUUUGUUUCUUCUCGGACAAACUGCUUUAAAAUUGUUAAAUAUUUAUAUUCAUUUGCUACACUUAUCCAUAUAGUUUACAACAAGUAGUGCUAAAUGAUUUUAUUUUUUUAUGAUAGCAAGUCCCUGUUCUUAAAUAUACAACAUAUAAAUCAAAACAAAAUGAAAUUUUUAAUUCAUGUUACAUUUUUGUUCUGCUUAAUUAUUUUUCUAUUUCAUUGUUCUCUUCAAACCAUGUGAGUUGUGUUGCUUUUGUUUUAAAACUUAUUUCUGAAGAUAUUUUGAAGAAAUUUAUUGAACAUUUUGGACGGUUGUAAUCUUAUAACACUAACUUAUACUAAAAUAAUUAAACAACAUUUAUCUAUUGCUUUUUUUCCCCCUAAAACAGCAAAGUGAUAAUUAAAAAAAAAAAUGGAUUAAUUGAAUUCAUAGUGCUUUUUUUUUUUUAAAAUGGCAAUUAAUACUGAAUUGUUUAAAGAUAGUAAUCAUUAUAUACAGGGUUAUGAAUUUAAAGAAAUAUAAUUUUGUAACUUUUGUGAUUUUUCCUUUUCCAGUAUGGAAUACUUUUUUAUAUUAAGAACUCAAUACUCAAAGGAUUAUUCCUUUUUUUUUUAUGGUAAAAUUGCUGAACUUUUAUUUCAUUGCAUUCAUUCUUGAAUCUACUGAUAUAAUAAACCUCAUCUAUUUCAGAACAAAUCAGCUAAAUAAGUAGGUGGAAAGGGCAAUGUUUCCGUUUCUCUGUUCAUAUUCCUCCUUUGUAAGUCUGCAUUAGCAUAAAUUCUUCUAAAGGAAGAAUUUAAAUAUUAGUUGGGAAACUCAUUGCAGUAAUAUUUCCUCAAAUGAGCCACACGGUACUCGCAGAGGAAGACUUACAUUUGGUUGUGGAGUAAAAUCUUGCAUAGAACCAUUGGAAAGACAAUAAUUGUAAAAAAAAAAGACUAGUUUGAAAACCGAGUUAUUUUUAAAAAUUAAAUUUUUGAUAUUUCUUAAAAGAUCUGAGAUGUUUUAGUGACACCCCUCCUCUUUUUGAAUAUUUAUUAUAAUAUUAGGUAUGAGGUAUUUGUGUUUUAUUAAGUCCAGCAUACUCAAGAAUUUUUUUACUAAUUUAUUAGUCAUUUUUCUUUUAAAAUUUCAUCUCUGAACCUUGCCUGUAACUUACUUGAAGUAAAAACAUGAUGGAGGUUAAACCUUGUCUUAUUCAGAUCUGGUGUUUUUUUUUUUUAUUCUUUAGUGAAGCUCUUAAUGAUUCUGUUACACCUUUUGCUAUUUGUCAAAUGGUGAGCUUCACAUUAGUGAUUGUGAAGUUUCAACUUCAAAUGUCUAUCUAUUGAUUGAUUAAUUGAUUGAUUGAUCUAUCUAUGGACUGGUCUAUCUACGAACUGGUCUAUCUAUGGACUGGUCUAUCUACGGACUUGAUGCAAAGAAGUAUGUAAGAUCCUGUAUGUAUUGGGAGGUGGGUGGGACUGUACAAGGUGGUGGUAUUAGUAGUAGUAGUAGCAGUGAUAAUAGCGAUACACAAUAAAAUUAAGCCAUACCUAUGCAACAGAAACUUGUUCUUAUAGAAAUCAGAUUUUGUUUACAUAUUGCUACCAAUGGAGGUCAAAAUCUUCUUUUCUCUCUCUCUCUUUUCUCUCUCUCUCUCUCUCCACACACACAACUGGAUAACUACAAGCAUACACAUAGAAAUGGGAGAGAACAGAAUAUUUAAUUAAUCUUUUUGUAACUAUUUCUUUAGAGAGAAUUAAAUACAGGAAGAUGUUUCCAUUCGUAAGCUGGAGUUUGGAACAAAAAGUUCUGACACAGAAUUAUUAUGGAAGAUUUCAAUUGAAAUAUGAACACUCAAAUGAAGAAGGUUUUGAUUUUCAUAUGACUCAAAAUGAAAUCAAACUAGCUGAUUGGCAAAAAGCUAAAGUAAUUAAGGCUAAGAAUGGUCAGAGUAAUGAAAACUUACAGCAAUAAUCUGGUAAAGAAGCAACUGUUCUGUGACAAACACAACAGUGAUUAGCAUAUUUGUGUUCAAAUCUGCCAACACAUAUUAAAAAUAAGUAUGCAAAUCAUUGUUUACUUGUUUCAGUCAUUUGACUGUUAAACAUUUUAGAAUUUCUUUCACUUUCAAGGAAUAUAUGCAUGUGUCAGUGUGUGUGUGUGCGUGUACCAUGUAAAAAGCACCCUGUACAUUCUGUAAAGUGGUUUGCAUUAGGAAGGCCAUCCAGCCAUAGAAACCAUUCCAAAACAGUAAUGGCUCCUGGUGUAGCCUCCGGCCUUACCAGCUUCUGUCAAACUGUCUUAACCCAUGCCAGCUUGGAAAAUGGACAUUAAAUGAUGAGGAUGAUAGUGUGUGUGUGUGUAUGUAUGUAUGUAUAUAUAUAUAUACACACACACACAUAUAUAUAUACACACAUAUAUAUGUACACAGAUACACACUGACAUAUAUAUAUAUAUGAACUAAGGACACAAAUACUCAGUAUAAUAUAGCCUUUAUGUAUAUAUGAUAUUUACAAUCUGCAUUUAAGUUCCUAUUUUUUGGUGUUGGGAGUCAAAUGUUCAGAUUUCUUUAAAGUUGUCUUUAUAAUUUGUAAAACCAUUUCAUCCUUUUGUAACUUAUCAACCAGCUAUAAUUAUUAACCAAGGUAUGAUGUUGCUAUUUUUAGAAUUUUUUUUCUUUUAUAUAUAUGUAAUCAAUAAAUUUUAAAUUGAAGCAAUAAAA